GUUGUUUUUGAAAAAUCCAUUUUCUCAUUCUAAAAUUGUGGAAUAUAAAACGGAACGCAUAUAGAUUUGGAUAAGUUCCAAUUUUGUGUGAAUUCACUUUGACGUUUGUCGAACAGAUGUGCAUUUGCAGUUUGAUUUGACGUUUGGACGUUGUUUAUUUUCCUUAGUAUGUAGCCAAUCAUAGAUCAAGAGAGUUGUGUGCAACACACAAAAACAAAUAAAACCCCCUUAUAUCGUUUUUUUUUCUCUGUCAAUAUUGGAUUGUGUCAUAAUUGUUUUGUUUGCAACACGUUGUGCAAAAAACCUAAGGUAGUAAGUUCUGAAUACAUAGCGCAAGUGAAAAAAAAAACAAAACAAUGACGAAAAAAGAUGAUGACUUCCUAACACCGUCAACAAAAAAGAUACGAUUUCGAGGUGACCUUAAUUCAUACUAUUUCGAUAAUCAUAUCGAAGACAUUUUCGAUGAUCCCGAACGACGAAAAAAGUUUGGCGUUGCCGAUCAAAACGCCGACGAAAGCAAUAAAAAAGAACCUGUUGAUGAUCGAUCAUUUUUCGAUUUUGUCAAAAUUGAAUUAACCCGUGGAUAUGUGCCUGAACAUGAUGAAGAAAGAUUUUCGGCCCGAAGAGAGAAAAUUUACACAUUCAUGAAAAUUCCACGUGAAUUUGAAAAGUUUAUGAUUUACGGUGUGCUACAGUGUAUUGAUUCAUUUUUGUAUAUUCACACUUUUUUGCCGAUUCGUUAUUUAUUGGCGGUGUGUGCUGUGAUAUGGCGUCCGAUUGCAACAUGUUUCGGUCUACGACGUCGAGGCCAACGCCUUUUAGCACCGGCUGAAGUUUGUGAUCUCUUAAAAGGUUCCAUUUGGAUUGCCGCCAUUCUUUUGCUAAAUCUUAUCGAUACCAAUCGCAUGUAUCAUAUUAUCAAAUCGCAAUCGGUGAUAAAAUUGUACAUUUUUUAUAAUAUGCUAGAGGUGGGCGAUAGAUUACUUUGCGCAUUUGGCCAGGAUACUUUGGAUGCAUUAUUUUGGACGGCAACCGAACCAAAGGAGCGACGACGUGACCGUAUUGGACUAGUUGGUCAUAUCAUAUUUGCAUUGUUCUAUGUCAGUUUGCACAGUUGUUUGAUUAUGUUCCAAUCAAUUUGUUUGAAUGUUGCCAUCAAUUCGGAUAACAAAGGUCUACUCGGUAUUAUGAUGUCGAACAAUUUUGUCGAAUUGAAAGGCAGUGUAUUCAAGAAAUUCGAUAAGAACAACCUAUUUCAAUUGACAUGUGCCGAUGUUCGUGAACGUGUCCAUUUGACCGUUUUACUAUUUGUUGUGGUCAUACAAACGAUGAAAGAAUUCAAUUGGAGCAGCGAACAAUUUUUGAUACUAUUUUCCGAUUGUUUCUACGUUCUGAUGGUUGAAUUUUUGAUUGACUGGAUUAAACAUGCGUUCAUUACACGAUUCAAUGAGCUUCCCGUCGAUGUGUACAAGGAAUUUACAAUCAGCCUCGCUUAUGACAUGACUCAAACUCGUCAAAAACAUGCCUUCUCAGAUCACUCCGAUUUAGUUGCACGUCGCAUGGGAUUCAUCCCCUUCCCCUUGAGUGUUGUACUAAUAAAAGCACUUUACGGAGCCAUUGCAAUUGAAAAUAUGUCUUCGUUUCUAUUGCUAAUCAUUGCAUUCAUUACACUCAUCAGUUGUCGAAUUUUGAACACCGUAUGUGCACUGGGAAAGGCCUGCGACCUGAUGCAAAAACAUCAAAGAGAAAAACAAGCAGCUGCUGCUGCAUCAGCGACGGCGUCAGCAACCGUAACAACAAAUAUAGCUACUGGAACAACUGUUACAAUGCCAUCCACAUUUAGUGUGUCGAACAAUACAAAUAAUCAUGCCACAAGUGCUUCGAAUGCGGUGCAUAUGGGUGGUAUUCAUCCAUUGCCAGCUACGCCACCAAAAUCACGUAAUAGCAUCGAUCAAACCAUUAUCACCAGCCAAAUUGUUGACGCAUUAAUUUCACCAAAUUCAUUCACGCCAUUACAACGUUCGAAAACGGUUGAUACCGUCACCGAAUUGAAAACAGCACAAGAUCCAUCAGCGUCAACGCCAAACAAUUCCCAACCAUUGACUGAACCAAAUUUAGGUGCUAUCGCUUUGUUGCACAGCAAUAGUGAUGUUGACCUUGACCGCGACGUUCACCUGAAUGAACAUUUGCUUAAUGAAGGCGGUGACAUUUUAGAUGAUCAAAUGACACGCAGCGAACCAGAUUUGCAGCAAACCGAAUUGGUCGAACCAAUUCGAACACAUCCACAAAGACGUACCCACAAACGAAGCGAAUCAGAGCCAUUCAUUCAUGCCGAAAAUGGCAGCCACUGAUCACAAUCAACAAAAAGACAUGCACGCAGUUGCUAUUUGUUUCCCACGUUUAAUUUGAUAUUUUUUGAUGAAAAUGAAAGAAAAAAAGGGAGAAAAUUUUAGUCCAAUCUCUGCACGACACGCUUUCUAAGCAAUAUUUUUUUAUAGACACUUUGCAUGUCUCAUUGAUUAAGUACGCUUUCGAAUAGAAUUUGUAAUUAUUUGAACUUUCGUUUAGUUUGUUCUUUUUGAUAAGAAAAAAAGAAGGUAGAGAGAGAAAAAAUCGCAUGUAUAUAUAUAAAAUACAAAAAGAAAAUGUUUUUUAUAUCGGUUAAUUUAGUAAUUUAUUCAUUUUUCUAUGAAACAAUUGUAAUAUUACAAUUACACUCCUCCAAAUACACGACCAUUUGCUUUGAACCUUUAUGUAAAUAACAAAUGAUGAAUUUUAAAAUUGAACAUUGGUUUUGUUCAGGAAAUUAAUAAAUGUUCGAUAUGAAAUUUGAAAUGAAAUGAUGUAUGUAAUGUUUCAUACAAUACAAAAUGAAUAAUAACAGAGCAAAUAAACAGCUUCCAUGAUAA